CCGCCGGCCGGGCGAUGCCGAAGCCGCCGCUGCUGCUGCGGGGGAGCCGCCCCGGGGACAGCGAGCUGGGGCGGCAGUUCCGGGACUGGUGCCUGCGCACCUACGGGGACUCGGCCAAAACCAAGACGGUGACCCGGAGCAAGUACCAGCGCAUCGCCGAGGUGCUGCAGGGGGGAUCCGGCUCCGGCGGCGGCUCCGGCGGGGGGGAGAAAGGCAAGUUCCAGUUCUGGGUCCGGUCCAAGGGCUUCCGCCUGGGAAACGGCACCAGGGAGGCGACGAAGAUGGGUCAAGUGGUGGUAUAUGUGCCGGUGAAAACGGGAACGGGGGCAGAUGGACUGUCGGAGCCCGAGGGCAUCUCUCUGAAACGUGUGGCUGUGGUGGAAGAUUUCUUUGACAUCAUAUACUCGAUGCAUGUGGAGAGCUCGUCGGAGCCAGGCAAAGCACCCAAACAUGCCGGGCAGAAGAAAACCUACCGAGCGAUUGCGGAGACCUAUGCUUUCCUCCCGAGAGAAGCCGUGACCAGGUUCCUGAUGAGUUGCACCGAGUGCCAGAAGAGGAUGCAUUUCAACUCCAACGGACUGGAGCCCAAAGAGAGUGAACCACCUUCCUCUUUGGUUUCUGGGAUCAUUGACUACAACAUGCCCCUCACCUCUACUUACCUGAAGCAAAUGAAGCUGCGGGUAAUGAAUUCACAGGAGCAGGAUGAGACAUCGGUGAGCAGCGAGGACUUUGAUAUGAACGACUCCACAUGGAUCUCAGCUGACCAGCACCUGAACUCCAGCCUGAGCCCCAGCCAGGACGAGAGCAUGCGCAGCCCGCAGAACCUGCACGGCCACGAGGACGAUGACUCCUCGUCAGAGAGCUGCAGCGGGAAUGGCUCCUCCACCCUGAACCCCUCCACCUCCAGCAGCACGCAGGGCGACAGCGCCUUCCCCGAAAUGAACGGGAAUGGCACCGCGGCCCCCAUGGACUUCACCGCCUCCGCCGACGACCAGCCCAUCAACCUCUGCGACAAACUCGCGCCUGCCCACGUCACCCCUUCCUACCAGUCGGACAGCUGCAGCGCCGACGGGCUGCGCAGCAGGGUCAAGUACGGGGUGAAGACCACGGCGGAGUCCCCGCCGUACAGCUCCGGCAGCUACGACUCCAUCAAGACGGAGGUGAGCGGCUGCCCCGAGGACCUGACCGUCGGCAGGGCCCCCACGGCCGACGAGGAUGAUGAUGACCACGAUGACCACGAGGACAACGAUAAGAUAAAUGACUCGGAGGGGAUGGACCCGGAGAGGCUAAAGGCCUUCAAUAUGUUCGUGCGCCUUUUCGUGGAUGAGAACCUGGACCGGAUGGUUCCCAUCUCCAAGCAGCCCAAGGAGAAGAUCCAGGCCAUCAUCGAGUCCUGCAGCCGGCAGUUCCCCGAGUUCCAGGAGCGGGCGCGCAAGCGCAUCCGCACCUACCUCAAGUCCUGCCGCCGCAUGAAGAAGAACGGGAUGGAGAUGACCAGGCCCACGCCGCCGCACCUGACCUCGGCCAUGGCGGAGAACAUCCUGGCCGCCGCCUGCGAGAGCGAAACGCGGAAAGCAGCCAAGAGGAUGCGGCUGGAGAUCUACCAGACCUCCCAGGACGAGCCGAUCGCUCUCGACAAGCAGCACUCCAGAGACUCCACAGCCAUCACCCACUCCUCCUACUCACUGCCAGCUUCAUCUUACUCCCAAGACCCAGUCUACAUCAAUGGAAGCCUGAACUACAGCUACCGUGGCUACGGGUCCCUGGGGGGCAGCCUGCAGCCCCCUGCCUCUCUCCAGACGGGCAACCACAGUAACGGUCCGACCGAUCUCAGCAUGAAAGGUGGGGCCUCCAGCACGGCCCCCUCCAACAGCACCAGCAGGGGAAUGCAGGCUGCCCAGCUCAGCCCCACGGAGAUCAGCGCGGUGCGGCAGCUGAUCGCCGGCUACCGAGAGUCGGCGGCGUUUCUGCUUCGAUCUGCAGACGAACUGGAAAACCUCAUUUUACAGCAGAACUGACUCCCUGUGUCUGCGUCGCUCCUCUGUCGAGAAGACAAUUUAUACCUGCUAGAAAGAGGCUCCCAGCGGUGUCCUGCUCAGGACCACCAUCGUCCUCCUGUGAAGCGGCGGGUACAUGUAGUUUUAGAAGGUGGAAUCCAAAAGACCUGUUUUCUUUUACACUCCAAGCACCUGGGACUUCAGGCACAAGGACACGUUUUUGAACCGUACCAACACCCGUGCGUCCGGCCGACCAGGAGCCAAACCUGCGGCUUGGAAGGAUGUGGGACUUUCAAGGGCAGAAGGGAGCCUGGGGAGGUUUGGGGCUGCAGAUGUAUUUAGAAUAACCUUUGUGGACCCAAAUGUUAGAUUCCCGUCCCCAGAUAAUUUCCAAGUCUUAGGUGAGCUGAAUCACAUAUUUAUUGAGAAAUGGACCCUCCUUUCCCCUUAGUAAUUUAUUUUUCUGAAAAUGGAUUCUUUUGAGUUUGUACAGAUUGCCAGUUUUUUUGUCUGUCUGAUCAGAAGGAAUUUAUUCCUGUGAAAUAACACAUUCCAUAUCACUACACUACUACUAAUUUCCAGGCAGCUCUGCCUGUUUCUCUGGGGAGCCCUUGGCCCGCAGGGAGCAAGUUUGCCAUCCAGCCCUGAACGCCGAGGCUGCUCAGCCUCCAGUGAGCGUAGGUGGCAGCCGAACAAGGGAGCAAGCAAGCGUCCUGCUUAGACCUCCGUUCUAAGCGGUCCUGUAGCAGCAGGGGGGUCUAAACCUCCCGCAGAGCCUCGGCACGCUCGGCAGACCUCCGGCUAGAAGGACGUCUCGCGCUCAUUUAAGUCAUUGCAGAUAAGAGAAGGAAGGAAGGAAGGAAAUACCUGAGAAACACUGUCUUGCGGUCACCACCCGUACUCUACCUCACACUCCAUUGUGGGCUUCUUCCAGGCCUGGCCGAGCCGGCCCCGGGGCACGGUGAGCUGGAACCCACCCGAGGAGGCUGGAACCCACCCGAGGAGGCUGGAACCCACCCGGCAGCUCCGGCGGCACCUCGCCCCCCACCCCCCCCAGCGCCCAUGAAAGCGGCCCCGGGGAGGGGGGGGGGGGGGGGGGGCAGGACAAGCCCUUUAGGAGCCGCCGGGCUGUGGUGGGGGCGAUGCCGGGUGGCUGCAGGGGAUGGAGCCGGGCACCCCCCGGCAGCAGAACUGACAAAAGGCCUUUCGGGGGCCUCCCCCCCCUCCCCGGCCCUGCUCGCAGUCCUGGAACAAGCCCACGAUUCCCAAAGUGUGGAGAAGCCGUAGUCCGACGCCCCGUUCCAACCCCCCCCACCCCUCUACCCCCCCCCCAAUAAUGCACUUCGUUUUGCUCAGUGCAAUACCUACUACCAGUGCUGCUAAACCCAGGGACUGCGCUCAGGCCAGCGCUGCUGAGCCGAGCCAAGCAAUGCACCGUGCUCCGGCACCCCGGAGCUGCCGGGGACCCCAGCUCCUCCUCACACCCCCCCCCGCCCCCCAGCGAGAUACCAAUUCGAUAAGCGUUAAACCCCUGUACGCUCGUUUUAAAGGUAGAUACUUUCUCUCUUUGGAGCCAGCUUUUUUCUUCUUUUCCGGCCGCUCUGAGCCGGGGGACGGGGGCUGCUGCUCCGGGGGGCUGACGCCGCUGGCACGGGCUCGAGCUCUUGGCGGUGGCAGCGGCUGGUCCUGGCCAGGAGCAGACCCGGGCAGUUUACUCAGUAGCAAUUACACCCGAUCAUACUCCCCCACACACUGGAAGAGUCUCAAAACCUCUGCCCUGCUCUUAGUACAGGCAAAGCCACCGGCUCCUGAGGACAGGCUCGCCUGCCCGGCAGCAGAAGGGAUUAAACCGUUCCAUUGACUGUUUUCCCCAAAUCUGAAACUUUCCGCAGCGUUUGGAGCGAAGGGACCUCACCCCUGGCCGUUCGGUGCAGUGGGGGGUCCGUGCAGAGAUGAGGUGGUGGCUUGUUAGACCCGGGCCGAUGCUGGAGCCGGGAGCAUCGCGGCCGCCCCGGGUCCCCGGGCCGAGCGCCCCGUCCCCCCCGCCCUGGGCAGGCGGAGAGCGGGGUGGGGGCCAGCCCGGGACACCAGCCCCCCCCCAGCCAGGGCUCAGGCUCACGCUUUCCCCAGCACUUCACAAGCCUGCUUGGUUUGUCCACCGCAUCCUCCCAUACUUGGAAUUUAUGUAAAUAUUUAUUUUUGUGUGAAUACCAUGAAGUAACAAAACCUUUGACAAAAUAUGUAACCGCAGCCAUUUGUGAAAGUCUUAACGUUAAGGAAGGAGAGGCAGAGACAAUCGCUGUCCCGGAAUUCUCCCUCUGCGAUAUCCCACCCGAGUCGGUGCCUCCCUCCCCGUCAGAGGCCAUCGAGAACAUUUAGCCAUAAAUUUGCCAUCCAGUUUACUGAAAAAGAGGUUACCCAGGGGCUUACGGACAGAUCACCAUCAGCUACAGUUUGGUUAGCGUUUUAUUUAUACAAGUUUUAGCUGUCGUUACCAGAUCACCUUUGAACUUGUCUUAGCAUGUGUUGAAGUUUAGUAGCUCUUACACUUUGUUAACCUGCUGCGGAAGGCAGCCGAGGCGCGCGGUGGCACCGGAGGGUCUCCCCAGUCUACCCUGUCCUAGCAACUGAUGUUCAGAACUUGCAGCUGAAUGGUACAGACUCAGAUUCCCAAAGCCCCGGUGACAGCCACAUCUGUGACAAGUUAUGAAACAAAUGGGAUUGACUAUGAAUUUCUGUCAGGGAUCUUUUUUUUUUUUUUUUUUUUUUUUUUUUUUUCGGUGAGCCGCAGCUUUAUCGUUUCUUUGGAGCGAGCUCCACAGACAUCUCAGUGCUCUUCAGCUGGUCCGUGCUCAGUUGCGGCUCCUCUGUGCUCCGGGACUGUUCCGCAGCCACAUCCCUGCGCUCUCACUAGGCAGGACGGGGUCAGGAAUCGCUAGUCCGGGUUCCCAACGAGAAGGCGUGAGCAGGAGCAGAAUACACCGGCUUUGCAGAUAAUUCCGAGAGGUGGAAGGAGAAUGCUGGGUUAGCAAAUGGUCUGGAUGUUCUUGGUUUUGUUUAAGAAAAGCUAAUCACUGGUCGAGAAAAUAUUUUUUUUUAAUUUAAUUUUAUUUUAUUUCAACACAACCAUCCUGCCCUGGAUGUGCGGUUCCCAUGACGGUGUUUCUACAUGGGAGAGCGUUCCCGGGAUUGCGAGCAGACGUAACUUGUACCUCCCCGAUCCACAGGGCCACUUCCCUCCCACGAGUGGCUGUCGGAUUUCGUACCAGUUCAUGAAAAAAAAUGCUGCUUUGAACUCAGAGGGUUAAUAUGCUUUUGAUUUGUAAUUUUUUGUAAAACUUUUUACAAGGUAGCAUAGUAUUUCACCAGAAUACCAACUACAAUCCGUCCAUGGUCUGAUUUUUAUAUAAUUUAGUGGUGCUUUAGAAACUUUUGUUUGGUUGUUUCGGAGCUGUACAGCUCAGUUCUUCGCCUGUAUCUACCUAAGACCAAUGUGAACCUUUGUAUUUUUGCUCCUAAUUUUGGACUCAGUGAAAGUGUACUGUUUACAUGUACAGAUCUCCCGGCCCCUGUCUGUUCUGCAAGACCUGCUGUUGAAGAGGAAGAUGCACCUCACCCAGUUCGUCUGCUUAACCAAGCCACAGCUUCACUCACCCACUGACACACGAACCUACCCUGAGGAAGAGCCCCCGAAAAUUGAAACGCCCUUUAAGCAAUUUUGGGUUUUGCACAAGCUAUUGCUUUUUUUUAUUUAUUUUAUUUUUUUUUUUUUUUUUUUUUUCCCCCCAGUACUCGAUUUGCGGAUUGGCUGCGAUUCAAAUCCAGAGCCGAUCCGGAGCUCGGUCACCUGCAGCACCAGACCUCGGAGCCGCGCCGCCGCCUCAGCACCUCCUGCUGCCCCUGCGAGGGCGCGGGCGGGCGGCUCAGCGCAGGAGCCGAGGGGGCUUGCAGGGAAAUGGGGGGGGGGAACCACCCGUCAGCGAAAUUGGAACCACUUCACGGAACGUGGGGAAAUGGGCCGAGGUGGCCGCGGCUCCCGGGCGGGGAGGGCGGGAGGGGGUCCCCUGGGGAGGCGGGGGGCUCCCAACCCAAGCAGAAGACGGCUCUGUGGAGCGCUCAGAUAGGAAGCAUAUGGCACUUAAUCCAGCUUUGAAGGUGACACUUUAUCGCUUAAUCAAUUGACCCAUUUUGAAAUGAUAUUUUGCAGAUAGGCACCUAUGCAACUUAAUGUGGCUCUUAAGCAGAUGAGCACUUCCUCCUCAACGAGCUUGAUAAGAGUUAUUUGUGUUAUAUACUGUGGAUUUUUCCAGUAAAUGUGGCUUAAUAUUUUAAUUCUUAGAAUGUGUGUCUAUUAUAUAUGUGAUGCAACUUAAUUCUGUUCUGUUUGUGGAAUGAUUAGCACAGGCCAACUCCCUGUUCCCCUCACUUAACAAAGACCAAUGAGCUGUUAAUCAAGCUGUUAUCUCCAUGGUAUUACUUGCUAAAUGCACUGAUUUCAUAAGUAUGUGGAAUCCUUUUUUUUUUUUUUUUUUUCUUUUGAAUCUGUAUAUCAUAUA